UAGCUUCCCUGAGGGGGGAGAAAAAGCAGCCUGGGCGAUCCGCGGGCUACUGACCUCGGACGCCUCCUCCUCCUCCUUCUUCGGUGCUGCUGCGGUUGCCCGUUUCCCUCUUUGGACCCAAAUGCCUGGCGGAGCGCGCUCCCUCUUUCCUCCGCACUUUGCUCCUUCGCUCCGUCUCCCACCCCUCAGCCCCGCCCCAAGAGGAGAAGGAGGAGGAGGAAAGGAAGAAGGAGAGGAAGCUGCCCUAGCAACGGCGACGGCCCCAGCAACAAGGAAGUUUGUCCAAUGGAAAGCGCGGGAAACGGCCCGUCGGCUCCCUCUUUUGCGCGCGCAAAGCCACUCCUCUUCGGAAGCGGCUGCGGGGCUGCAGCUGCUCUCCUCCCCACGCUCUCUUCUUAGAGGUAGGUAGGGGGGCAGCUGCCAUGCGGUUCGCCCCCCAUCAGUGCCGGAUUGACGUAUAAGCUAAACAAGCUAUAGCUUAGGGCCCCACUCCCAAUUUCACUAUUAAUAUACUUCUUAAUUGUAUUUCAGUUCAACAAUUGCUUUGAUAUAAUACAUAUUUUAUUAUGUGCAAAUGGCUUUAGAUACCUAUUAGUAGGUAUGUAAAAACACCAGGCAGGCCCCACAAAUAACCCAGAGAUGUGUUUUAAAUAAAAGGACACAUUCCACUCAUGUAAAAACACGCUGAUUCCCGGACUGUCCGUGGGCCGGAUUUAGAAGGCAAUUGGGCCGGAUCCAGCCCCCGGGCCUUAGUUUGCCUACCCAUCCAUUAGUGUGACGGCUGCAGUGUGUCAUGCGAACGCUCCGUACGCUCCUCCCGGGCUGGAAAGGGGUUAGUUUAACCUCUGGUUUGCUAGUAAAACUGAAUUAAAGGUAAAGGGACCCCUGACCAUUAGGUCCAGUCGUGACCGGCUCUGGGGUUGCGGCGCUCAUCUUGCUUUAUUGGCCGAGGGAGCCGGCGUACAGCUUCCGGGUCAUGUGGCCAGCAUGACUAAGCCGCUUCUGGCGAACCAGAGCAGCACACGGAAAUGCCGUUUACCUUCCCGCCAGAGCGGUACCUAUUUAUCUACUUGCACUUUGACGUGCUUUCAAACUGCUAGGUUGGCAGGAGCAAGGACCGAGCAACGGGAGCUCACUGUGUUGCGGGGAUUCGAACCGCUGACCUUACGAUCGGCAAGCAAAAUGAUGCAUGUCUAAACAGAGUGUCACCAACAUGAAAAGUUUGGAAAGAUCUGGCUUAUAGGAACCUGCAACCCUUCUUUUGUAUGUGUGCGCGCGCCGGAAGGCCUAUUUGCAUUUCCUUUCCAUAUGGUCUGGGUGCCAAGUGGAAUUUGGGCCCCAGUACACAGUGGAUGUGUACUGUGUACUAUAUGUGCACUAUACAAAUGUGUACUAUAUAAAUACAAAGUAUCUCCAUUGCUCUAAAUAAGUCCAGCAAUUCAGAACGUAGCACUGGACGACUAACAGACUCUACUACUGAGCUGACAUGUGUUAAUCACAGUUAUAGUUGGAGCACUGGGUCUUUACCAUAGCAACUGGCUUGGCUGUUUUGCACCUGCGGUUAGCUCAACCAUUGGGUGAUUUACACUUAUGAAGGAAAUUAACCACUUCUCAUAUUCAACAUAUUAAUAGUCUACGUUUUUACAGGUAUUUUCCCCUCAGUGUGUUUGCUGUCUCAAAGUAGGAUAAAGACUGAUUGCUUCUCUGCAAGAAAGCUAUCAUGAGCACCAGUAAGUCCACUAUUCCAAGUUCUGAAAAUAUUUACAUUAAACUUAGCAGUAUUAAGCAUGAUUAAAACUUCUUGCAGAUAAAAGCACUGCUGAUUCAGAAUAAUUUGUUUGAUUCAGUUGACAUUAGUGGUUCGUUCCAGAAUUCUGUGAAGAGACAUCGCAUGGAAUUACUCUAGGUGGUAUUGAUGCCUCAUUUUUCCUGUGCUCCUUAAAAAUCUGCUUCAGAGGGUUGGAGGACUUUCUGGGACAGGAUGUUAAGGCUGCAAGUAGAGGAAAUCAGCAAAAGUCCCUUCUGUGUGUGUGUGGAAGAGCUGCUGGGUCCAAAUUCUUUGGAUCCAACCCCCAAAAAAUAUGUGCAUAUUCUGAAAUAUAAGGUGGGAAAUGGAGAUUGAGAACAUAGGAUAUGGCACUGAAUAUAUGCUGAGAAUGGCAUAAUCCAUAUAUAUACACAGACAUAUUUGCUUGCAUCACUGGACUAAUGUCCUGUUUCAUGAUCAUGUGUAUUAAUAACUUCCACCUUUAGAACUGAUUUUCUGGUGGAACAUGACAUGCUUGCUGAAGGAUGUAAUGGCUUGACAUGAAAAUAUGUAUAGUGGUGCCUUGCAAGAUGAAAUUAAUCCGUUCCGCGAGUCUCUUCGUCUUGCGGUUUUUUCGUCUUGCGAAGCACGGCUAUUAGCGGCUUAGCGGCUAUUAACGGCUUAGCAGCUUAGCGACUAUUAACGGCUUAGCGGCUUUAAGAAAAAGGAAACAAACUCGCAAGAACUCGCAAGACGUUUCGUCUUGCGAAGCAAGCCCAUAGGGAAAUUCGUCUUGCAGAACGACUCAAAAAACGGAAAACUCUUUCGUCUAGCGAGUUUUUCGUCUUGCGAGGCAUUCGUCUUGCGGGGCACCACUGUACUUUGAACAAUUUAGUGUUAAGAGUGGUGUGUCAAGUGCAGCCCUGUUUUUAAAAAGUGCAUGUUUAUAUACACCAGCUUUCUGUCUUAUACAUGAGCAGCAACCAGCAAAGGACUGAAUCCCUGUUUAAUGUAUAUUUUAAUGCAUAGCUGUCAACUUUUCCCUUUUCUUGUGAGGAAUCCUAUUCGGAAUAAGGGAAUUUCCCUUAAAAAAAGGGGGAAUGUUGACAGCCAUGAUUUUAAAGUGGAAAUUGUGGUCUAUGUGCACCUUUCCCAAUAAGUUUGAGCUUUCUAAUAAUAACAAUACCCUGUUGCUAAAUAAAUUGUAAGAAGUGAGAUGUGUUCCCUGUUGAAUGUACUGCUGAUGCUAGACAUAUCGUUUGCAUGUCCACCAACCCAGUUAGCCUGUGAAAUAUCUAUCUAUGCACUACCCUAGUGUCUCUUAAGAUACAGGAUAAGCUGAAGCUUCAAAAUAAGCAAGCACCUUGUCUUACUGGUCAGUGGUUUCAAUUGAUUCUGGAAGUGGUUAAGUCUGCACUUGCAUGCUUCUUUGCACCACCUAUUUACCAAUGCCACAAUUUCAUCUCUGGUCGUCAAGAAGACAGCAAGAGUCAAUCCUGCAUCCAACUUCUGGGCUAUAUUGUAUAAUAACUAUCUGAAAAUGAUCAUGAGCUUCGCUUGUUAUUUAUUGGAACUCUUGGUUGAAUACAGACUUGAUAUUUUGAUUGCUUUAGAACAGACAAAGAGAAAAUGGGAAGAAAGGCUAAAGGAUAUUGAGGAGCUAGCAUCUUCGUAUAAACGACGGCCUCUCCGUGCACGUUACAAACCGCAGUUGUCCAAACCAUGGCAAGCAACCCCAGUUUGGAAGCUAUUUCAUCGGCAAACUCAAGCAUUUAACUUUGCCAAAACUUGUAAACAGGUAUGAUGGUUAAUGAUUAGAAUGUGGCUUUGCCAGCAAUAUGCCUUGCACAUGUUAAGUUUUUGUUAUAGCAUAUUAUAAUUGAGAAAUGACAUAUUAUAAUUGAGAAAUGUGGCUUUGGGUACUUUGAUUUGUUGAUUGAGCGUUUUUUAAAAUUUUUAAAGGACGUUCAUGUAUUUGCUUUGGAAAAGAAUGCAGAGAACAAGCAAAGGAUUUAUCUUGUGACAACAUACACAGAGCUUUGGUUUUAUUAUAGGCAAGUAUCUGAAAAACAAAUACUGUACUCAGAACGAUUUAUGUUCCUAUAUUGAUGUAACCCAAACCUUUGUGUGUUUACUUUGAAUAAGUUCCCCUGUGUUAAAUGGCACUUACCCCCAUGUAGAUGUGUGUAAGGUUGCAGCCAUUGCAAUUUAGAAGUUGAAUCCAGACUUUGCCUUUGGGAUAUGGAAGGGCUCCUACCUUAUACCUUUGAUCCAGCAGUGGGAUCACACUGAGAGAAGACAAGGUGAGGGGGAACUUUUGCUAAGUUCCCCAAAAGCCCCUAGCAUCACUUUUCAGUGUUCCAGUAGGUCCCCAAUCAUGUGAAGCAGAUUUUGGGAGAGCACUAAGGAUUGGAAGGGGAAAUGGGAUUCUGUAAUCCUUUCCUUCCUCUGCUGACUAGUGCACCUCCUAAGUGGAAUUCUGCUUGGGAUGCUCCUGGAACCAAGUCUAUGCAGUGGAACCUUGGUUCUUGAACGCCUUGGUACUUGAACAUUUCGGCACCUGGAAGUAAGUGUUCCGGGUUUUGAACGUUUUUUGGAAGCCAAACGUCUGAUGCAGUUGUCGGCUAUUGUUUCCUGGGCGCCUGGCCAAUCGGAAGCCAUUCCUUGUUUUUUGAACGUUUCGGAAGUCGAACUGACUUCUGGAACGAAUUACGUUCAAGAACCAAGGUACCACGGUAUAUUCAUUUGUGUUUUCCCCCCAGUGUGACAGAACAUUCAGCUUUUCAUUAGAUUUUUAUUAGAUUGAGGGUAUAUUUUCUUUUUCUUCCAAAAAGGAACCUAUAAAUAAAUAAAUAAAUAUGAGGGGACAUCUUUUGCACCUUUGACCUCACUCAACAACAUGAGUGCUGGUGUAGCGCCUGACAUCUGUUGCCACAUUAGUUCACUUCUGGUAUAAGCUCGUUGCAACAGUUAUGCAGCUUUACUUAGAUAGGCUCACUCAAACAGCACAUCUUUGUGCUUUUGUGUUCUUCAACUGUGUAGUGGCUUUCUAUAAAACCAUACACAUAAAGAACUGGGACAUAUUUUUGGAGCAGGGGAUAACUCAAAGUGUUUCCAAACUAUAUUUUUUUUAUAGUUUAGAGUUCCUCAUUCCAAAUUUGAUGAUAAACAGCUGUGUUCAUCAAUAGGAUGCUAUGGGUUUUUCCAGACAAUAAGGGUUCUUUUCUGCUUGGCCUCAGAAGGUUCCAUUUGCAUUUCACAGAGGUUAUCACCUGCAUGCAAGGCAAUAGCAAUGUAAAGUAACUACGGUUUUUUUAAAAAUAAUUUGGAGUAUUUGGUGUAAUCUGAUAAUUGUAAUUUCAAUGAAUAUAAAUUAUUGUGAUUCUCCCUUUAAUCUAGAACAUAUAAUGAAACAAGCCUUAUGCAUUGUUAUGAGGUUAUUCCAGAAGAAGCUGUUUGCAAACUUUACUUUGAUUUGGAAUUCUACAUACCAGCUAAUCAAGAAGCUGAUGGGAAACAGAUGGUAGCAGACUUGAUAGAGGUAAUAUUAAAGUAAUAAGGAAUAUAGAUUUAGGCAAAACAUUUGGGGAAUAUGCUUGGUAUAAUGGAAUUUUAACAAUGAAAUAAGCCACCAAGGGAGGCAGUAGAAUCUUGUUCUUUGGUGAUUCAAACAAAUGCUACACCAUCAUCUGUUAGUUUAAAAUCUAAUCCUGCAAGGUAUUAGGCAAGACAUGCCAUGACCUUUCUAUCUAGUCUAAGCACUUGAGAAGUAGUAAUAUCAAUUGUGCGGGAAUAUAUCGUGAGCAGACUUUGAUGUUAAAUACCAGAACUUGGUACUUCAGAAUUUCAAGUAACAUAUAAUACUUUUAUUUUACCGAAGAAGAGUGCCUAGUCUUAAAGUUUCAAAAAAGUAGUUUAGUGGAUGGUAUGAAAGUUGGAGCACACUGGGGAAAAUAGCAGCUGUCUCUGUUUCAGUACGUAGUCAUAAGAUGUGCCCUUUUGACAGAAGUGGAAAGUCUGAGUCUUUCUGAGACUGGGUGAAGAGGGACAGUGUGGUUGAUUUCCCAUGUGCUGUGUAAAAGAGGAAGGACUGGGGAUGAAGCCUAAAACCUUUGAAGUGUUGCUUGACCAAAAGGGCAUUUUUUUGGUCCCAGUAUAAGGGACUAUCAGUCCAUCUGAAAUGGACUGGCCAACAAUCAAAGGGCUAUGUGUAACGUACUACAUAUGCCCAGGGCCUUUUCAGCUCCCACUCGCCUGCUUGCUGUACCUCUUGCAAACUCACUCCCAAAGCCCAGGGGAUUCCCCUGAGCAGCAUUCCAUGAAACAGAAGGGGCUGCGGCUUAAAGGGAAAACUGACCACUGUCUUUCUCCCCAUGACCAACACAUAAAUACCCCUGAGUUGGAGGAGGGCUUUUUCUACCAGAUGUCUUGGAUGGGAAUAUUUAUUUGACUUUUCAUCAUCUUUGUAAUCAAUGAAAACAUAAAAUAUCUAUAUUUUUAAAUACUGUUCCUGCAAUAGAAUACUGUCACAGAGUACAGUCGUACCUUGGUUUUCGAACAGCUUAGUUCUCAAACGUUUUGGCUUCCGAACGCCACAAACCCAGAAGUGAGUGUUCUGUUUUGCGAACUAUUUUUGGAAGCUAAACGUCCGAUGGGCCUUCCUGCAGAAAUUGGAAGCUGCACUUUGGUUUCCAAACAUUUUGGAAGUCAAACGGACUUCCAGAACAGAUUUUGUUUGACUUCCAAGGUACGACUGUAGGAGAGAGGAAGAGACAUGAAUAUGGGAGUGCCCUAGGGUAGUAACGUGGAGGGGAAUGGCAAGGGCUUGGCGAGUUGAGUAAGCAGGGGCACAGCCCCUGGGAAGUAGUAUCAGGGAAAAAUAAUUUCAUGACUGAGGGAAAAUGGCUUGGCCUUUUGGUUAGGAUCAUAUGAAAACAUUCGCUAUGUUUAAACAGCACAGCUGUAGCAAACCAAUCUGUAACAGAGGGAGCACAAAGUAUUGUGGCUUAAGAAUGCCCGAUUUCAGCAGAGUCAAUGAGCUUAAAGUCAUAUACCAAGUUAAAUCUUAGUCAUAAAGAUACUUACUUGUAUUUUGCUGUAUUUGAAAUUUUCUGUGUUAGUUUUUCUAAAAGCUAUGAAAUGAAGCCAUUUUGUGUGCCGGUUAAUUUUGCAUAUCAGAUCUUUUAAAUAUGUUUAUAUUAUCUUAGGGUUUUACUUAUGGCAAUGUUUAAAAUAUGUUGUAAGUAGUGUGGAUACUUAUUGGAUAAUAAGCCAUUAACAAGUUUAAUAAUUAAUAGGGGACAAAAUGAUAACAGGAGAAUUUCACUGUGUCUUUCAGUUCAUUUGUAAAAAGAUUGAUGAACACUAUGGAAUAAAAUGUUCAGUUGAAGAUGUUUUGAAUCUGGAUUCCAGCACCAAUGAAAAAUUUAGUUGCCACUUAAUAUUUUUGCUCUGCAAUGCUGCAUUUAAGAAUAAUAUUCAUAUAGGUAAGCACAAUUUAUUUCAAAUGCAUGCAAAAUUGAUUUGCAACCAUUUUAAAGUAGUGGAUAUGAAUAUACCGUAUUUUUCGCUCUAUAACACGCACCCGACCAUAACACGCACAUAGUUUUUAGAGGAGGAAAAUCCGUAGGCAUGCCACCCGUAGGCAUUCCCUCCAUAACAUGCACAGACAUUUCCCCUUACUUUUUCGGAGGAAAAAAGUGAGUGUUAUGAUGCAAAAAAUACGGUAUAUUAUCAUCAUUUUUUUAUAUAUCUAACAAGUUGGGCUGUAUAUACAGUCAAUUGGCAAGUGUGGCUCACAUGCCUCAUUGGUUAAAGUGUCUGACUAGGAGCAGGAAGACAGGUUCAAAUCCUCACUCAGCCAUGAAGUUGACUGAACUUGGGCCAGACUAUCUCUGUCUAACCAACCUCAAGGGAUCGUUAACAGGAUAAAAUGUUCUGGAAGAACCAAUUUGAGCUCCUUGGACAAAGAGUGUAAAUAAUAGUAACACGCGGACUCAGUACUUCCAGCUUACAGAGGUUCAUUGUGCAAGUUAUUCCAGUCUGCACUGGUGCCCUUGCCCUAUGGCUGGUUUGGUGUGGGUUGUGUAUUGCUAGCCUCCUGCAGCAUACCAGCUAAUGUCAUAGGGUUCUUUCUAUGCUUUUGUUUGUAUUCUAACCACCAGAGCAGGAGCAUGAGAAGCUAACUGGAUAAGCUGUUAGUAAAAUCUUGGAAAAAGGAAUUCGUACAAUGCAUGCUGUUUUGGCUCCCUCCCCCCCCCCCAAUUUAUAAAGAUUCAGUAUUUCCUAUUAGGCAAGCAAUUGCAUAUUGAUUCUUAGAUUGUUUAACUUUCCUAUUGUUGAUCUCUCAAAUUUCCCCAUUCUGUUUUUUAGGUAACUUUUUAAGAAAAAUUUUGCAACCUGCUGUUCUUUUAACUAGGAAAAGAGAUGCAAUGGUUCCAGAGAAACAGGUGGUCUCUCGUUCUCAGAGUUGCAAAGCUGCCACUGAUUUGUCCAGCUCUGUUGAAAACCAGACUGUCACCAAGGAUGUGUCUCAUAGUAGGCAACUUAGUGCAAACGAUUCUUUGGGAAAUGGUGCAUCUCAAUGGAAAGAAAAUCCAGAUCUUUCUUUUCUAAUAGUGAAUGGUAAACACGGAGAAAAGCAGUUGUUCGUAGAUCUUGGUAAAUAUAAAUGCACAUUUAAUACACAGCUCUAUGGUAAUAUUUUUGCAUAGAACCUGGGAACAUUUUAUUUAUGCCUUAACAGGAGAGCUGGCAGGUAUAUCUGAAAAUCUGCUGUAGCUGGGGGGCCCUUUAGGUAUUGUCAGGCUACAACUGCCAGGAGCCCCAGCCAGUAUAGCUAGUGGAUGGGGAUGAUAGAUGCUGUACUCAGACAAUGAAAGGAUGGUGCCAUGUUGACCACCCCUGCUGUAGCCCUUGUAUGUAUUUCAAGGUUGACAGCAUAGGGUAGAUGGGUAAUGCUUUAAGAAGCUUUUUGCCAAUUGGUUAUUUCAGUACGGAGAUAAUUUCAAAAUUACUCAUUGUGAAUUUGUCCACUGUGUGCUGAUUAACACUGAUACUAAAAAUUGUGGGCCUGAUCUGGUCCUGUUGUAUGUAUGACUUUGGGUAUGAGCAAUUCUCCGCCCAUGUGAAGAGUGCCAAAAGGGAAGAUGAAGAACAGCUGUCAGAGACUUCGCAUAUGGGGAGGGAAGAUGCAAUAAGAACACAGUCAUUCUUUAUUUAUACAUGUGAUGUUCAGGGACCAUGGGCCAACAUUUGCUGCAUAAAGUCUACCUUCUCUCAAUAUGUGUUUUCUGGCUCAGGGUGUCUGCGUAUUUUCAAGCAUACUUCAUUUGACACCACAAACACAAGUAUUGUCAGGACUCUACAUUCUAAUCCCCUCAUAUGUUGGAAAUCUUAUUUGAGAUACAAAAACAUUUUAAAAAAAACCCUGUUAGUGAGAUCCCAUCUGUUGUUAAAAAGGUAUUCAGUGAUAAAUUAAGAGCUGCAUUCCAAGAAAGUUUAUGGAUUGAAAUUGGUGGCCUUAAACACAUUUAAAUGUUGAAUUGCUUUGUUGAUUCCAAAAAGCAUAAGCAAUUGUAGAUACAGCCAAUAACCUUUUUUCUCUAGGAGUAUAUACAAAGAACAGAAACUUCCGAUUAUACAAGUCAUCAAAAGCAGGAAACUGUGUUGUUUUGGACAUUGCUGAAGAUAACAGAUUUGUUCCUGAACCAGUAAAGAAUUCUUGUAUAGAAGAGCAGUAUUUCCUUUCCUCUUUGAUCUGUAAUGUAAGGUAACAAUAUCACUUUAUUGAAAUGUUAAUUUCCCUAAUACUUUUUAGUGAUUAUUGAGGAUGUUCAUUAUUUCACUUGCAACAGCAAUGACUAUUAUGUAUGCUAGUCCCCCUCUGCUUGGAAUCCUGGAGAAUUUGGAGCAACAUUGCCUUGUAGAGUCAUGAUAGAUUGGGGUCCUCUUGGCUUGAGGAGCUGCCCUCUCAUCUGGCUAUAAAUCUUGGAAGGUGGUUGGUAUAAAGCAGAAUUUUUCCUGUUGUCCUGUUUCUUUUUUCUAUCUCUGUCAUUUUAUCCAUGAUUUGUGAUUGCUUCUCCAAGCACUGAUAUAGCCAAGUAAGUGAAAAUAAUGAGCUUUUUUUUUUAACAUGGUUUAAAGUGUGGCUAUAGAUGUGUGGCUGUGGAAAAUAUGCUUGUAUCCUGCAAGUAUUAAGAUUCUUCCUCCUGUGUUUCUUCUCAGAUAUUCAGACAGUUUAAAAAUUUUGUCCUGUGACAACCCAAAGGAGACAAAAGAAAAAUCUACGGAUUUAGACGGCAGUGUUUCUAAUGGCUGUCUGGGUAAUUGUGUUAAAAUAAAUUUUAAUUCAUGUUAUGGAAAUGAUGCUAGGGCAUUUAAAAUUUCAAAAUGUUUUUAUUUCAUCAUGUGGCUGUGAAAAUGAGUAUGUCUGAAUUGUGAAAUUUAUGUCUAGCUGUGCUCCUGAAGAAGUUUAUCCUGAAACAUUAUUAUGCAUAGUAAAUACUUCAAAUAUCUACAAAAAUUUUGUAAGCUGCUGACAAGUAUUUGAUUAAACCGCUCUUUGUCAGUGGUCAUUGCAGUGUAUUACACACAAAAAACAAAAGGUAAUCCAAAAAUUUUCAGAAGUGUUACGUUAUUAGAAAUUUUAAAAAUGGAGGAAUGUGAAGCAGGAUUAAUUUGUACUGCUGCUGAUGACUAGGCUAGAUAUGAAAAGCAUGUUAGAUUUUACUACUUUCUCAGUGCAGACUUGAGGAAAGGAGACUCGGAAUUCAGCUUUCUUAGGUGAAGUUCAUACCAUUUCAGGCUCCAUUCCUCUAAUAUGCGAAGCUGGCGGCUGCAUUAUUCCAUCCGGCCCAGAGCAGCUCCACUGGACUCAGCUGGUGGAGUGAUGCUAGCAGUAUUCCAGCCUCUGGCAGUAGCCUGCUGAAAGCCCAAACCAGGGGUGGGUGGCCAUUGCUAUGCCAACGCUAGAAUGCUGUAGCCUCGAACAGGUUUUUGCCUGCUGCUUCAACUGACAUAAGCGAUGUGGAUGCAACAGUGGCUAUGUUUCUGUUAUGCCCUGCUCCUGCCUGGCCAAGUUUUAGCAUCAUCUGUCAAUGAUUGCUUGUGUACUAUGACAGGCAAGCUAGAAAUGGUUUUGGUAUGGAGCUUUUUGCUUUUUUUUACCAUGGCAAUGAGGUCCUAAUUCUGUUCCUAACAGUGUUCAUAUUUUAUUUCUUAGUAUGUGCUACGGAAGAAUAAGUAAUUAACAUUUGUAAUUUUUUUUAUAGACCCCAUAGGAGGAUAUCAGUGCUCACCUUAUCCAGAAAUUGAUAACUUCGUUCUCUCUUUGGUCAAUAAAGAUAAUGUUCAAGGAGGUAAGGAAUAUUUUUGGGCCAAGCAGAGGUGGUAUUUCUAAAGAUAAUGAAGUUGUUUACAAAGUGGAACAUCUCUUUUUUUCAGGGAUAAGAAGAUGGAACUAUUUUUCUCUUGAGCAACUUCUUGUAUAUGACAUCUCCAAAUAUCGCUGGUGCAUGAAUAUUGGCAGAGCUCACAAAAGUAACAAUAUAAUGUAUGUAUACUUUGGUAUUUUCCUAAAAAUAAUUUGUUCAAUAGGUUAAUAAAACUAGGAUUACCUUUUCUGCAAAGCAUUUAUCUGUAGCAAGGCUAUAAAAUAAAGCAAUUAAGAUCACUCUCAUUGACUGAAACUUACAUAAACUAUUAAAUCUAUUUCAAGGAUUGUAAUAGAUUUGAAAAGUGAGAAUUGGUAUCAAAAAUGCCAUGACCCUGUUUGCAGAGCAGAAAACUUCAAGUCAGAAUGUGAGUACUUUUUUGUAUUACCUACAAUAUUACAGCUUCUAAUGUUAAAUUGUUAUAAUUCAAUAUAAACUCUCUUUGUAUUUAACAGGUUUUCCACUACCAGCUGAGGUAUGCCUCCCAUUUCUUUUCAAAGAGGUAUGCUUUUCUCACAGUGCAAUAUUGAAAUGUUUUGGUUAUAUCCUGGCAAGACCUAUUUCUGUAGCAAACAGUUUAGAAAAUGAGUUGCGUAGAUGAAAAAUGAGCAAACGUUAGAGGGGAAAAAAUUCCAUGCCUACUUUUUAAAAUAAAACCAGUAUUUCAUUAGCAGUCUUGAUGUUGUCAUAGGCUUGCAUUAUUAAAGUUGUGCAAGUGCAUAACUCCUCUCAAUUUGUGUACAAUAUGCCCAUAGAAUUGAAAAUUACUCAUUGUGAGGGGGUUGUGAAUACUGUAGUACUGCUUGUGUUUCUCUCAUUAAAGUCAUGCAAGCCCAUCCCUGAUCUGUGAAUUCCUUUAGUCUGCACAGUUGUGCAACUGCUACGAACCACAUCCCACUGAAACCAGAACUUUGUAAUAAGACCUUCUCCAUGUGUUAUUUUGGCAGAAGUAUUGUUAAUGAAAAUGCAAGUAGAAUGCUCCUGCUCUAUCAUGAGCUAGGUUAGAAAGUACAGUGGUACCUUGGUUUACGAACUUAAUCCGUUCCGGAAGUCAGUUCUUAAACCAAAGCAUUCUUAAACCAAGGUGUGCUUUCCCACAGCAGCUGGGGACUCAAUUUACAAAUGGAACACACUCAACAGGAAGCGGAACAUGUUCUGCUUCCAAGGCAAAGUUCACAAACCAAAACACCUACUUCCGGGUUUGCAGCAUUCUUAAUCCAAGUUGUUAAAAAACCAAGCUGCUCUUAAACAAAGGUACCACUGUAUGGUGUAAAAAUAUUGUUGUCUAAUUAGUAAAGUCUGAGCAGAGUUGUGUGUCUUAACUUUUUUCUUACCAGCAAUAACAGAUGACUAAAUGUGCAAUAUAGGGUCAUGUUGCUGGGACAGAAAUCGCAAGAGUGCCCUCUAUUAACCUCCUAAUAAAGGAAUUCCUAGCUUUUCAUCUACCACUUUGAAAAUAUAUCUGAGCUACACUACAGCUCUUUGACCAUGUGGAAUAGUACCCUUUCAACUUGAAUUGGUGGCUUUUCUCUAAAAAAAUGUUUAGGGGUACUUUCAUUUUCCUACUCAUAUUGAAAUACUGCCCCUCCAUGAGGCCAAACUUAGAUUCACAAAAUGUUUAGGGGUAUGCGUACACCUGCGUCCCCCCAGAAAAAAAGCACUGGUGGCAACCACCUCUUCAUGACAACUUUUGAACAUAUAGAUUAACUAUCUUAACAAAAAGUAGGCCUCUGAGCUGCUGCACAUAUGUGACAUCAUUUAAUCUGUGAACACUCAAGUUGAAUGUGAAACAUCUCAAGUGAAAAAUAGUGAUGAUGUUAGAUGAUGUGAAAUUUCUAUCUGGUAACUAAUUUGCAAGUGAACUUGCCUGUGUGGCCUCUUAGCUUUGUGCAUUCAGGAUCUUUAAAAGACCAACUUGUUAGAAAGUCUCCCACUGAGGCUUAGCUCUUUCCUACUGAAGGAAAGCUUCUUCAACAGCCAUGAUAUAUUAUGUUGGGCAGCUGCAGACAGUUAUUGGCUUAUGCCUCUAAACACCAAAGCCAGGCAAUAUUUAAGAGUGUUUGCAGCUACUGUAUAUGAAUACUCAUUGGAGCACAUGGUGCUCUACUGAAUUUAUAAAAAUCACCAACUUUGAUUGGUGCAUGACUUAAGGCCCUAUAACCGCUCAGGACCAGGUUACUUGUGAGACUGCCCUGUCCCUUAGAUUCACCCAGUAGAUUGCUGCCACCUGAGGGAGAGUUUUUCCUGCAAGUUCCAGAGAUCUCAGAAGCCCAUUCCACAAUAAUUCGGAGCAGAGUUGUUAGUGGGGCCCUGUUCUUUGGAAUAACAUUUCUUUCACAAUACAACAGGCACCCACUGUCUGCACUUUCUGAAAACAAUGUUUUAAAUUCAUUUUUUGUUUUUCAUGCUUAACUGUUUUUAAUUAUUUGUAAAUUGCCUUAAGACAAUGGUUUAGAAGGCAAGUAAUCAAUGGUAGUAACAAUAACAAAAAAAAUAAACUUGUAUCUGGUUGUAUGAAAUACAUAAAUAUUUUAAAACCUGGUUAAAAGUUAUAAUCCUCAAAUAACUAUUUCUUUUGAAAUCACUUGUUUACUUUAAAAGGAUGAAGAAUAUGUGUAUAUAAUGGAUGAAAAUGGAAAUAUUGAGGAAAAAGCAAACACACACCACAACCUUACAGAAAGAAAAUCUUUAACGACAACACAUGAAAAUAGAGAGCUGAACACCAAGAAAAGCUCAAGUAUCACAGGAGAUAAUGAAAAUGACAUCUGCUUUUUGGAAGCUGCUGAGGAUAUAGAACUAGCUGAAGCUGCUGAAACAUUUCAGCCUUGGAGUACAGAUGAAAUACCUGAUGAACUCCUAAUAGAGGUUUCAAGAAAACACAAAGGAGAUGAAACAAAAAAGUAACUCUACUUUAAUAAAUUAGGUAUGGCUGAAUAAAAAGCAUUCGCUAGGGUAGUUAUGUUGGCAAUAGCCAGACAAGCUAGCCAACAAUGUGCUUUUACUUGAGAAAUCAUGAUGGUUUCAGCUAGCUAGUCCCAAGAGUUCAAACACCAAAAAACAAUAGUACCCCUUACAGGGCUGAAACAACUUAGCAACCACCAAGAUGCCAGUUACUGAAAUAUGCUCUCUCUUAAUUCUAGAAAUGGAUUAGUACAGCUAAAUAGUCAAAUGAAUAAAGUUAUAGUGUAGAAAGUGAUUUGUGUAAUUCACAUACAUGUCCAACUACACAUAUAUUUACUGUUUCGCACAGAGUGUGAGAUUGGCAGAAGAGGGGACAAGCCACCUGCUUCAUUUUAGAAUGUUUUUCUUUGGUAUGUUUUAAUUAUGUUAGUGAUGGAAAACAAAGUAGCUUAAUGUAAAUUAUACUACCCUGUGGGCCACAGGUAGCCAACAUGCUGCUGUUCAGAUGUUCUUAGGGCUUGACAGCAAGCAGUGAGGUCACUUCUCAAGCUUGCCAUAAAAAACUAUCAAGGUUUAUCUUGUUUAUAUUCAGUUUUCUGUCCUAUUCCACUACUUCCUAUUUGCCUCCAACUUAACUGGCAAUUUAAAAAAGCAUUUAUUGCUUUUUAUGCUGAGUUCAGAUAGCAACACUAAAAGUAUGAAUAGUUCAGCCACUUGAGAAAAAUCUCUUCAAAAAAGGAUUAAUCUUCCAAUUUCCUGCUUCAACUACAGUUCUAUUAGAGGUGUCAGUGGGGUGGCAUUCAACUGUGUUUUACUCCAAUUAGACCUAGUGAGAUUAAUUGACAUAACUUAGUAAUGUUCAUUAAUUUCAAUGGGUCUCUGCUGUGUAGUUGUAUUUAAAAUAUGGCGGGGUAUUCGUUAGGCAGUAAAGUGUAAAUUAUAUGUAUAUAUGUCUAGUCCUCCGUUUGUGAAUCUAAAACCUGUUGUAAUUUUGAGUUGAUACGGCGAACGUGGCUUUCAGCUCCUAAAAUUCUUCGUGAUUCCACCAGGAGUGCAGGAAGGCUGGAGGCACCAUACUAUGAAAGAAGAAAACGGGGGGGAAACAAUGUUUCUAAGAAAGGCAGUAUUAAAACACUUUGUGAAAUAAUCCCGUCACAGCCCCACCCACCCAUGCAGUUGCACCCAGAUCAACACUAACCACUCACUGUAGUUUGGGGACUAUUCAGAACCAGGUUUGUCAAAUCGAGUGGUAGCCUGGCAAGGCAUUCCAGGGGCCGUAGGAUAUACUGGAUCUCCCUCUAGGUGGGCAGUGUCACUUUUGUAUGCCCCAAAAGUAAUAGCACCAAGGGUGGAUCAGGUGCCUUUGGAUCUGCUGGAUCCAAACCCCUUCUUUCCCUCAGCAUGCCACUGGGACUGCUGAGAGAUGAUUGAAUACACUACCCCUGGAGCUGGUAUACCAAUUUUUCCCUCCCACUGGAUGGGAGGGAACUACAAAAGAAAAGGCUGGAGCAGCACAGAAUUUGGGGCAGGGGGGAGGUUAAAUGUUACCACCACAAUAAGCCCUUUCAGAAUGAGCACAACAGGGUUUGGGUGGUUUCUCUGCCAUGGAUUCUCCCACCAACCCAGCUGCCCAAAACAACAGUAGCAACAAUGAGGAUUUCUCUACCAAAGUAAUGAAAUACUGCAUAUGGCAUCAAACUAUUAAACAUAUACUUACUACUGUU